AUGCCGAAUUUCAAUAUUCGGAAGAACUACCUCAGGUAUAACUACGUAUCCAUGGGACAGUGGCUUUCAGCAAGAUUGGAUUAUUCACUCGUGUCUGAGGGUGACACCACACUGGAUGGCACUCCAAAGGACUGCAGAAAAAUCCUCAAUAUCGAUCCUCGUUCUCCUACGGCUGACAUAGAUCGAACACCUAUCGAGGUGAAUAGCACACCUAAAGCUGGAGCCGGUUGUGAAGUUGAUAACGACAGUCCACUAACCACAGCGGCGCCAGGUCGUCCUCGUACGUUGCACCAGCGGAUUAUGGAGAGACGGAAGAAAGAGGUUGACGCAUGA